UUUACAAAAAAAAAGCCGGAAAGGCUCUUAUUUUAUUGUUAUUUGUUUAUUUAUUAUUUUUUAUUAGUCAAUCGUUUUAUAUUUAUAUAUGUAGCGUUAUCUAGUCUUGUUGCCGUAGACCUGAAGUUCAGAUAGUGACAGUUUUAUUGUGCCAUAAAAUAAGAAUUGAAGUACAGGUCUUUGUGUUUGUGAAUACGAAACCUUGAUAAAUCAGCGAAUUUACAUAAAGAAUACAAUUCGAAAUAACAUUUUGCAUAUAUUUACCGAAACUUCUAGAUAAUUCGACAUCGAAAAUGUGGUUUUAAUAUCGACACAUUCAAAUAAAAUUCAUCACAAAAAAAACAGGAAAAUUGGGGGGAAUCUCAUAGUAACAUGUUCGCAUUGAAAAGAAAAUGUAUCUAAAUAUAUUGGAUGUAAAUGAAACUGAUGACAGCGUGCCUAGAAGUGCUCCAAGACGGGUUUUUUACACAAAAUGUCGACUUUACAAGGUACUCAAGAGUCAUGGGCGAUUACAGGCGAGAGACUUGAUUCAAAAUACGAAAAAUGCCUGAAUAUAACUCAAGAAAUAUACAAAAGAAUAAACAUCACCUUUCAGAUCAAGAAAUUAGAGGCACAGAGUGAUUUAUCAAAUUAUAGCGAUCAAAUAGACAGCAAUGAUUUAAGUAACGGUACAGAUCUGUUUGCUUGCGAUAAGACCAGCAUAUCGAGUAGUACAGAUGCGGAGCGACCACAGGCAUCAUGCGAGAAAUACAUCAAUAUCAAUAAUAAUGAGGAGACUAACAAGAAACCGGUUAUUGCUCAGCGUAGACCGCGUAAGAGAUUUAGGAAGCGAGUAAAGAAGCGUCAGUCAAGACCUCAUCAGAUCGAUACAGAUGGCUCCAGUGAUGAAGCGCCUUUGAGUCGCAUCGUUGAGACAGACAUGAGCAUAAAGGCGAAUCAAGUCGACUCCCCGCAUAAUGUUAUGGGUGUGCCCAACAUAGUCAUUGUAGCCAGCUUAAAACCAAAACUGUAUACACCGGAAAAGAAACACAACAAAAGGGAAACCACAGAUAAUGCUCAAUGUACAGAUACUAAAACGUCCACCAUAGAAACGAAGGCUGAGGAUCAUAGAGAAGUGAACAUCAAAAAUGAAAAUAUAAUGGAAAUGAAAAAUUGUUCUCUAUGCGGUCUGUUAUUUAGAGGCGAAAGAGGUCUAAGGCGGCACAUGUCAAUGUCUCAUAUAUUGACCCCCAGUCAAGAGAUUCGAAGGACCCGUUAACAACGAGGCUUGCUCACGGAACGGCAAAAAUGUUGCCAGUCAUCAAAAUUUCAAAGACACUAAAAAAGUUGUUGUCUAUGGUAACUUUGGAUGUCGUGAUUAGUUUCUUAAUCGCGGAUGUGAGUUGUUUUUCUGUUCGUAACAAAUUUAGAAGUUUUUUUUAGUUUUUAAAAGAUUUAUCUUGCGACCAUAGAUAGUAAAUUUUUAUAAAUUUUUGGUCACACAAAAAUGGCAAUAUUUUUUUUAUUUUUUUUUAUUUUAUCAUAAUGUCUUCUUAUAAGUUACUAGUUUAAUAAAGACUAGCGAAAGUUUUUGGUGGUUAUUAAAAGGUAUAGAUAUAUAUAAAAAGAAGAAAAGAAUUAUUAGACAAGGAAUGUUGAAUGUUGGGUAUUGUGCGGUGCUUGGUCCGGUGUUGCCAUAUUUUGAGAAUUCUACAAGGGUGCUAUAAUUUUUAUCCCAAUCGUCCAGAAAUUAGGGUAAUAUUUAAUUGAGGUGUUUUGUUGACUACGUAUUUUUUUUAUUGGCUGUAUGGUUUAUAGUCGUGAUUACCAUUUGUCUAACUGAGUCAUACCCUAACGUAUAUAAAUUGGUAAAAAAAAAUACAUACGUGAGUGUUGGAAAAAUUCAUUGAAUCGAAACUUGAUGCAUUAAAUUAUAUGCAAUUGCAAAUAACGUGAAUUGAAUUUUUAAGAUUCGGCUUUCAAAGUGAUGUCCAAAAAAACCAAUGUUAACUGAUUAUUAAAAAAAAAAAAAGAACUUAAACAUGGCAACACUGCUCAAAGCAAAUCGGGUCAAUGUAUCUGUGAUCAGAACGGAAUGUGAUGAUAGGUUAAGUGAUGUGGUGUGCGGUGAAAGCUACUGUAAGCGGUCGUUUCUUCAAAAGCUACCUUCAGACACAGCCCACUGAGUUUCUCGCCGGAUCUUCUCAGUGGGUCGCGUUUCCGAUCCGGUGGUAGAUUCUGCGAAGCACUGCU